GUAUAGAGUACGUCAGUACGUGUCAUAUUACUGAGUAAUUAAAGUUUAAUAAAAAAAAAAUAAUUAAUAAAUAUAAUUAGUUGAAACAAAUUUACUUUUAAAUUUCAACGAAUAUUAAUAAAAAAAAAAAAAAAACGAUAAAUAAAAAUGUAUUUAUUUAGUAAAUUAAAUAUUUAUUUAUCAUUAUCAAUUUUAUUGAUAAACAUAAACAAUAUAUUAGCUGAUAGUGACGAAGAUUUAUCAAAUGAUUUAUACGUAAUUGAAGGAAAAGUAUUUCCCUGGGAAAAUGCUAACCCUGGAUGGCAAAUAAUGACACAUGUAAUGGCUAAUGGUGGUGAAUAUUAUGGUUUUUUAAGAGAGGACGGAACAUUUACGAUAUCAAAUGUCCCAUCGGGUUCAUAUAUCGUCGAAGUCGUAAACCCAAACUACGCAUAUGAGCCUGUAAGAGUUGAAAUAAAUUCAAAGGGCAAAUUUAGAGCGAGAAAAGUUAAUUUUAUCCAGACCUCACAAGUUAUACAGGUGCCUUAUCCAUUGAAGAUGCGACCGGUAACUCCAUUCAGGUAUUUCCAAAUCCGCGAGCAAUGGAGAGUAGCUGAUUUUUUGUUCAGUCCGAUGGUCUUGAUGAUGAUUUUGCCGCUGUUGUUAAUCAUGCUGAUACCAAAAGUAAUGAAUGAUCCGGAGACUAGGAAAGAAUUGGAUCAGUUUAACAGCUUAACCAGCUACAAUAUGCCAGAAAUGUCUGAAGUUAUUACGUCUUUUUUGGCUGGAGGUGAUAAGCAGAAAACUAAAGCUAUAAAAGCAACCAAGAAGCGGCAAUAAAUUUAUUAUCUAACAAAUUAGUUUAAUUUAAUAUUGUAAUUACUAAGAUAUUUAUUGAAAAUAGAUUUGUUUGCAUUUGCAUUUGCACUAA